AUGUUCCGUGUGCGCCUACGUUCACCCCCCUUCAGCUCCAGACUACACUUCCCAACCAACCAUCGCAGGUUCACCACCAAUGGAUCCCUCAUGGGCACACUCUUCAGCCGCAGGGCUGCAGCUCGCGUCACCCUUCUCACCGCGUCGUCGCUGGCGUUAGCAACGACUGUGUAUGCCGACAGCGACGUAGAUAUGAAGCCAUCCGUGUCUCCGCCCUCAUUGGCGUCGAUGGUCCGUGCAUACUCGGUGUUCGCGAUGUGCUCUAUUCCAGGGCUCGUCGAAGCCUCCCCUACAAUCCUCUCUGCGCUCUCUUCGAUUCCGGGUCUGAAGCAAAUUACAGAGGCGUUCGUAAGGGUGACAUUCUUCGACCAGUUUGUCGGCGCGGACACCGCUGAUGAGACUAUUCCGUUAUUACGGACGCUGCGUGCAGGGAACAAGGGCGCUAUAUUCGCAUAUUCGGUAGAAGUCGAUCAGAGGGAGGCGACUGCGCCGGCAUCACCUGCUUCAGCUGGUUCGUCGAGCGGAAGCGUCGCCCCCAAACCGGAAAGCGACGCGCACAAGCGUGCCGUCACCGAGAUGAUCCAUUCGAUCGACGUCGCUGGGGACUUUGAGGAUGAGGUGACGAGGAACGGCUCGAUUUCGACGAUUUCUGAAGCACGGAAAUGCACGAAUGAGAGGACGACCUGGAUAGCGUUGAAGUUGACGGCUCUCCUCCCUCACGCACAAGCACUCAUCGACCUGUCGGCUCACAUUGUGAACUCGAGGAAGACGCUCCCUGGAUCCUCACGCGAGACUAUGGUUCCGUUCCCUGGGUUUCCUAGAACUGAUGACUUAGACGUCGUCCUGCACUCCCGCUCUAAUCCCUCGUCGCUUACCCCGGCUCAGAUCCAUGACCUUCGAGAACUGUACUCCGAUCUUGUUAGAAUAUGCUUGCAUGCUAGAGAGAGGGGAGUCAAGGUAAUUAUAGAUGCAGAAUACAGUUGGUAUCAACCAGCGGUCGACGCCUUGACGCUAGCGCUUAUGCGCGAAUUCAACUCACCCACACCAAGCAACGGGGGUGAGGUCCAACCGCUUAUCUAUGCGACGUUCCAAGCCUAUCUCCGGAGAACGCCCAUGCAACUUGUGCUAUGGCUGGAAGACGCACGGAAGAACAACUACGCACUCGGCGCCAAGCUCGUUCGAGGCGCCUACCAUCCGCAUGAAUUGACGGCGCACAGCUCUGCCUCUACUGGUCAACCUUCAUUAUCGAUCUCGCCUGAUUCCGAGCCGCCUGUAUGGCUUGAGAAGAGGGACACGGACGAGGCAUACAAUCGAUGCAUCGGCGUCUUGAUCAGGGCCGUGAAGGAGGACAUCGAGAGGAGCUCAACCAAAACUGUAGCUAUCAGGGCUGCGAAGGAUGACGCGCCGGUCAAGAGGGGAUGGUUCUCGUCCAUCCUUGGUGGUACAGCAAUUCCUAGUCCUCGACUUAGCGAAAGUUCGUUGUCGAUUCCCCAGUCGGCGCCAGCGCCAAUGAUCGCCGCCCUAUUCGGAACGCACAACUGGACGAGCUGCGGCCUUAUCUUGCAGGAGCUUGUCCGGAACGGCCUCGCGGGAGAGACAGGCCGUGUGGUUGGCCCUGAAGGGGACAAGGUGGUCAGAGUCGCUUCUGAGGCUGCUGAGAGGGUUGUUAUUGGGCAGCUCUAUGGAAUGAGGGACGACUUGACGGACUGGGUCGUCAGUCAGAUAGUGUCCGAGACGCCGUUCGUACUCAAGUAUGUUCCUUACGGUGCCUUGUCAGAGGUCAUGCCGUACCUUAGCCGGCGCGCGAUCGAAAAUAAUUCGGUUCUUGGGGCCAGUGCUGCAAGGCACGAGAGGCAGCGGGCAGGCAGGGAGAUCCGCAGAUUAUUGUUCGGAUGA